GGCUGGCAGGAGUAGGCUCUGCUGGUGUCUUCUCUCUGAUGCAGCCAGCCUGGGUGCAGGCCAUGGAGCCUGCUGGAUGGUGAGGGCAGCCAAGUGGCAGCGAUGUUCAGAGGCCUGGGAACCCAAGGCACGGCAGGACCCCUUCGGGGCCGGGUGGAGGCGCUGAAGCGGCCACAGUGGCGGGAGAGCUCCCCACUGGUGCUACAGCACAGCGAAGCAGCCCGGCUGGCGGCUGACGCCCUCUUGGAGCAGGGUGAGGCUGCCUACCUGCGAGUCAUCUCCGAGGAGUGGGAGCUUCCCUUCCUGAGCGCCCUGGACAUAGACUACAUGACCAGGCAUGUGCGUGGGGGUCCUGAGCUCAGUGAGGCCCAGGGACUAGAGGCCUCGGAGCCCGACCACCUUAGCCUGCUCUCUGAAGCCACUUCAGGCACUUACUUCCCCAUGGCCUCUGACAUAGACCCUCCAGACCUGGACUUGGGUUGGCCUGAGGUUCCACAGGCCACAGGCUUCAGCCCCACCCAGGCAGUGGUCCACUUCCAGCGGGACAAAGCCAAGAACAUCAAGGACCUUCUGCGUUUCCUCUUCAGCCAGGCCCACACGGUGGUGGCUGUGGUGAUGGAUGUAUUCACUGACAUGGAGCUUCUGUGUGACCUCAUGGAGGCCUCGAGCCGGCGUGGCGUCCCUGUCUACCUGCUCCUGGCUCAGGAGCACCUGCUGCACUUCCUGGAGAUGUGCUACAAGAUGGACCUUAAUGAGGGACACCUGCCGAACAUGCGUGUGCGGAGCAUGUGUGGGGACACAUACUGCAGCAAGGCAGGCCGCCGUGUCAUGGGGCAAGCCCUUGAGAAGUUUGUCAUCAUCGACUGCGAGCAGGUGGUGGCUGGCAGCUACAGCUUCACCUGGCUUUGCAGCCAGGCCCACACUAGCAUGGUGCUGCAGCUGAGGGGCCGCAUUGUGGAAGACUUUGACCGGGAGUUUCGCUGUCUGUAUGCUGAGUCACGGCCUGUGGAGGGUUUCAGCGGUGGCGAGGAUCUCCUGUCUCCCGGGGCACCGUGUCCUCCCCCAGUGGCUCUCGCCUUUGGCCCUGGCAUCCCAAGCCCCACAUCCUCGUCACGGUCCAGCAUCAGCCUGAACAGCAUCAAGCACUCACCUCUCAUGGGCCGCUCCUCCUUCCUUGCUCUACCAGGAGGCAGUGGCUGCAGUGACAUGGGGAUGGAGUCCUCCUCCAUGGGCUCUACCCAUCACGAGGCCAGUGGCCAGCCCUCCCUGCAAUGCCAGCUGUCAGAUCCUAACAAUGGCUCCCUGCUAGGGCCCUCCAGGGCCAACCUGGGCAAGCUAGGGGCCUCCCCGUGGUCCCAGUCCUCUCCUGCCCUCAAUCACAAUAUCCCCAAGCCUAUGACCCCGAUAGUGGGGUCACCUCUGUUCCCAUGCCCACAUACCCACCUCCCCUUCUCACAGGGUGUUCUGGCCCUUUCCCAGCUCCCAGACAACUGCCUCCUGGGAAGCCAGGAGCCUAGCCCCCUCCGGGGUCGCUGGGUACCUAGCACAGGCCUGGAGACAGUGGAAGAGAAGAAGGCGUCUCUGAGUGAGAGCCACGGCCAGCUGGACCUCCUCCUCCCUUUCACCAGAGCUCGAGAAGCAGGAGGCCCUGAUCCUGGGGUUAACUCCAACUCAAGCUCCCUUUGGCCUGGUGAACAGGCCUCAGAGGACAGGCAGUUGUCCUCAAACCAAAGAUACAAGCAGCUGGAUCUUCUGCCCUGGGCCCAGGGUGCUGGGGGUACCCCUGAGUCAGCUUCCUCCAGACCUAGCAAUCAGACCCCAGAAGACAAGAAGCUAUCUCCAAACCACAGCCAUAGCCAAUUGGACACCCUGGUACAGUGCCCCAAGGCAGGGGGCUCCAGAGUGUCUCCUGAAGCCAACUCCUCAGCGAAGGCUGGCAAGCAGGGUCCAGAUGAGCGACAGCAGACCCUGGGCCAUAGCCAGUUGGACCUCAUCACAAAGUUUGGCCCAUUCCGGGGAGAGGGGCCUGGGCCCAAUGGUCUCCUCAGACAAAGCUCUGCUUGCAAGCCUAGAAUGGGCUCUGGGGAUGAGAAGCGGCUGACUCUGGGCCACAGCAAGCUGGACCUCAUCAUCAAGUAUCAUCAAUUGCAGGGUGCCAGGCAGGAACCUGAGCCUGGCCUUCCUGGGGUCCCCAUAGGUGGCCCUCACAAUGGCAGUAGCAAUGGCCUGUUUGGGGAUGAGAAACGGCUGACCCUGGGCCACAGCAAACUGGACCUUAUCACUAAGUAUAACAAGUCCAAGUUUAAGCUUCUCCGAAGCCGCUUUGAGUCCUAGUCCUGCUUUCAGCAGGGACAUGCCCCUCCUUCAUCCACUGAGACUAGAUUUGCUCAUGUCCCAGCUUCUCAGGAGCUUAGGCAGGGGCAGCAUGGGGAAAAGAGGUGUCUAGAAGCCCAGGUUAGACACUCACAGGGCUCAGGAUUCUUGUGUAACACACACACACACACACACACACACACACACACACACACGGAAAAUAUAACCCAGAGUAUUUACCAUUUGCCACUGUGCUGGGCACAUCACACUUCUUACUUCUCAUCCUUUAUCUAUACAGCAUCUCACAAGAUAGACCUGUAGUAGGUAUACAGUUCUAGGAUCAUAGGUAUUCACUUCCUUAUUUUAUAAAUAUGGUAGCUGAGGCUCAGAGAGUUUGAUGACUUGCUUGGAAUCAGGUCCAAGUAAAUGGCAGAGUAGGGGCCCAAACCUGUAUCUCUGUCUCUUAAGAUUGUUUUUGCAGACACAACACAUAAUAUCAACAGUCCACAUGUGUCCACAUACACAAAAUACAGAGAGGCCCCUAAUGACUGACAGGGUUUCAUACCCACAAACUGCAUAUCCAUAGACACACACAGUAAGUACACAUAGGUCCAUGUGAUAAACUAAAACACUCACAAUUCUAGUUAGAGGUAAAUAAAUACCAUUUAGCUAAAUGAACUGCAACACAAAAUACAUGCAUUCAGCACACACUGUAGACUUCUCAGGAUCCACAGACUGUAAAUGUGCUCAUAACCAUGCAUACACACACAGGCAUGCAUGCAUCAACCAGUAUCUUCCUGUACCUGAGCUGUGUACCCAACCCUGGUGGGACUGCCAUAGGGCUGACAAAUGAAUUGGACUCAGUCCCUGGGAGACACUGGCAAGCAAGACAGAGCUAUAUUUAAUUAAAGGCUAACUGGUGACAGAGGGUGAUAGGGAAUAAAGGGCAAAGGAUGGUAGUGAUGAUGGAGUGGUGAGGAAGUUACUUAGAGGAGGCAGCCUUUGAGCCAGACCUUGAAGGAUGGGGAGGAUUUGGACAGAUGGAAGAGAGGGUUGGAGGAAUUCCCCAGUGGGAGGAACCAGGUGGAGAAAGGCCAGGGAGAGGACUGAAGGAGUGGGUUUGAGAUGAACUGGGGAUGGAGCAGAUAUGGAUGCUCAGAUUCUCUCUCUCUCUCUCACACACACAUCAUUUUGCUGAGUGUCUCUACAAACACAGGUUCUGACAGGUUGUGGGUCCUUUUCCUGAGCUCGCCACCUCUCUGGGACGGUAUACAUGAUACAAAUCAAUAAAGGCAAACAUGCUACGACCUAGCAGCA